AUGAAAAGAUUGAAUAGGAUAGAGGAUACAAGAGGACAGAGGAUUGCUAAGGAAUAUAGGGAAUUUGAAGGUAUUAAUGGGGAAAGUGUUGAGAGGAUUAAUUUUGAGCAAAUAUCAAGGAAAUAUGCUAAAAUGUUUAAUUUUAAUUUGUCUUCGCUAAUCGUCGUAUUUUCUGGUGUUUUUGUCUCGCUCCUGUAUAGAAAUAAAUUAUUGUCAAUGGAUACAGUAGAUUUUAUUCCACCGCCACUUUCGUGUUUUCUCACUUCCAAUUCAAAUUUUUUUGGGUCGAUGAUAAAUAAAUUUACCAAUUUUGGUGAAAUUGCCAGUAAUAAUCAAAUAUUGCCAGUCGCUGCCACAUUAGAGCGUCAGCGAAUGGAAGCCUUUGAUGAAUAUGAAAAACGACUGUUGUUUAUGCAAAUGCGACAGUUGCAUAUGGAUGAGCAGGCGAAUUCGAGUGAAAGCCGGCUAAAUUUUUUGAACCGAUUGUUUGGACGUCAUACGAAUGAUGAAGCAACAAUGCCAAAUGAGGAUCAAAUUCGUCAGCUAAUGGAUAUGGGCUUUAGGAAUCGCUACACGGUAAUUGAAGCGCUGCAGCGAAGUGGUAAUGAUGCUUCAGUGGCUGCCACUAUUUUAUUAAACGACACUAGGACCAAUUUUUUAAAUAGUUUCUUCGAUAGUAUAAAGACAUAA